AUUAGAUCUAAAAGUGGAAAUCAUUCCGCAGCCAAAUUUGACAUAAUAAUUUUCUGCUCCACUGGAAUUAAUCUCGCUAUUACUUUUCGGCGUGGGGGUCCCUCCACCCCUCCUAAAUAACGUUGUUUAGUGUUCCCACUGCGAACUCGCCCCCCACCGUGGAGAUUGAGUAUAAAAUAUCUAGGAUAGACUUCAAAGUGAAAAAUCUGACUAAACACGGUGUGAAAUAAAGCAACGUGAUAUAAACACAAGUACAGACACAAUGGCCAAAGAAUUAUACACAUAUAGUUUAGAUCAAUUGGAUGAAUUAGAAGGUUCUUCAAUUGCCUUAAGCAAAUUUGAUGCCGAUGUUGCAUGGGAAAUUGGUACUUAUGCUAGAAAUGUUGGUCUUAAAAAAUAUCCUGGUAAAGCUAUUUUAAUAGACAUUAGAUUAACUUCUGGUCAAGUUUUAUUCCACAGUGCUACAGCUCCUGGUGCCACCGUUGAUAAUGAAAAAUGGGUUGAUAGAAAAAUUAACGUAGUUAAUAGAUGGGGUAAAUCUAGUUUUUGGAUAGGUCAAAAAUUAAGAAUCAAAGAUCAACCUAUUGAAGAAGCUCUCUUCGUUUCUGUAUUUGAUUAUGCUACCCAUGGUGGUAGUGUUCCAAUUAGGCUCAAGAAUUUGGAUAGUGCUAUUGGUACCUUAACCAUAAGUGGAUUGGCACAAGAAGAAGAUCAUUUGUUAGCCAUAGAAACUUUAAAAGAAUUUUCCAGUAAGUAGAAUAUGUCACAUAACUAUAAAAUAGGACUUUUAGUAACAUGCUACAUGAAUUUAUGGUAGUAUUUAAGGUUUAUACUAUAAAUAACACAAGUUUGCUUAAAUAAGGCGCG